AUGACAUCUCGACCUAUUGUCCUCGCGCCAGCAACACCUUCAGAGCUUCUAUCAUAUAUCAUAUCUUACCACAGAUAUCCUACAACAGUAAUAAUUGGUUCCUCGAAAACAGAGUUUCAAGAGUCACUUAUCGAGGACAUCACACACCACCUCGCUCUUCAGGAUGAGCAACAAGAAGACCAAGACAACCCAACAGAGCCUUCACAUGUUCUUCUAAAGUCGUCACUCUUCCAAAUAGCCAUAUCCCGCCACAUACGCAUCCUAUUUGCGCCAACAGUUACACAUCUACGUGCCUAUCUUUCUGUCUUCACGCCCAAAGACUCCUCAAUACAAGCUCCGCCAAACCACACUCCUGGCUCUCGUCCACCCUUUCUUCUGGUUUAUGGUCUUUUGGCUCUUCAUCGAGACGCGAGCGAAUGGUCUGCGCAAGGUAUCGGGAACUCAGCAGCAUUUUUGGUCGACGCUGCGCUACGGAAUGAGUUCAGAGCUGCAGUAAUCGAACCAAAAGGCAUAGGGGGACAUGAAGACUUGGAACAGCUCGGAGGAGAGAUGGUACCCUUAUUAAACGGCACAGCGAGAAAGGAUGAUGGUUCAUGGAAUGGACGGACUGUUAGCAUCAAACAGGUAUUGAAUCGGUGGUUCGAAUUCGAAGUUCGGGAAGAAUGA